AUGCGUGCUUGGAAGGCAGUGGCCAGCACACUGGCGCUCAGUGGGGCCGAUGUGGUGGUCACCACGCUACUCUACGCUCAUGGCCGGGGUGGCCGGGAUAUCCUGCAGGACCUGCGGCACUUCAACAUCUUCAACUCGCUGCUGGACAUUUGGGGGGGCUGCCUCUACCGCAGCUGCGUGCUGCUGGGGGCUGCCAUCGGAGUGGCCACCAACACAGCUUAUGGCCCCCGGCGCCUCAGGGCAUCACGGACCUUCAUCGCCGUUGUCUGCCUCCUCAUGGGCAUCUACAUGAUGGUGAAGCUGCUGCUCUAUUCAGAGGUGCGGAGGACCAUCAGGGACCCCUGGUUCUGGGGGCUCUUUGCCUGGACCUACGUGGCGUUGGUGGCCACCUUCGGGCUGUGGCAGCUGCUGGCCUGUGUCACCUCCUCCCGCGAGGCGCUGGGACCCGGCUCUGAGUCCCGUGCCGAGGUGGAGGAGAGCUGCGACGGCGGUGCCCCACGGGACAAGCGGGAGGAGGCGGCAGGUCCCACUAUCCAUAAGCUGCUGUCCUACACCAAGCCAGAUGCCUUCUUCCUGGGCGUUGCCUCCUUCUUCCUCCUUGUGGCCGCUCUGGGAGAGACCUUCCUGCCCUACUACACAGGGCUGGCCAUCGAUGGCAUUGUGGUGCAGAAGAGCAUGGACCGCUUCUCCACGGCGGUGCUGGUCAUGUCACUGCUCGCCAUAGGAAGCUCAUUUGCCGCAGGUAUCCGGGGCGGCGUUUUCACGCUCAUAUUUGCAAGACUGAACAUUCGCCUUCGCAACUGCCUCUUCAGGUCGCUGGUGUCUCAGGAGAUGAGUUUCUUUGAUGAGAAUCGCACAGGGGAUGUCAUCUCCCGCCUGACAUCGGAUACGACCAUCGUGAGCGACCUGGUAUCCCAGAACAUCAACAUCUUCCUGCGCAAUGUGGUGAAGGCCACAGGGGUGAUCUUCUUCAUGUUCAGCCUCUCUUGGAAGCUCUCGCUUGUCACCUUCAUGGGCUUCCCAAUCAUCAUGCUGGUGUCUGAUGUCUAUGGGAAGUACUACAAGAAGCUCUCCAAGGAUGUUCAGAACGCCCUGGCCAAGGCCAACAACACCGCCGAGGAGACCAUCUCCGCCAUGAAGACUGUCCGCAGUUUUGCCAACGAGGAGGUGGAGGCGAACGUGUACUGGCAGAAGCUGCAGCAGGUGUACAAACUCAACAAGCGCGAGGCCAUGGCUUACACCUACUACGUCUGGUCCAGCGGGCUGACCCUCCUGGUGGUCCAGGUCAGCAUCCUUUACUACGGUGGGCACCUUGUGAUCUCGGGGCAAAUGACAAGCGGAAAUCUGAUAUCCUUCAUCAUUUACGAGUUCGUCUUAGGAGACUGCAUGGAGUCAGUUGGCUCCGUCUACAGCGGCCUGAUGCAGGGAGUGGGAGCUGCCGAGAAGGUGUUUGAGUUCAUCGACCGCAAGCCGACAAUGGUGAACGAUGGGUCCCUGGCCCCAGACCACGUGGACGGGAAAGUGGAGUUCAGAAAUGUGACGUUUUCCUACCGCACUCGCUCUGCAACGCAGGUCCUCCAGAAUGUGUCCUUCACCCUGCACCCCGGCAAAGUGACGGCGUUGGUGGGCCCUUCAGGGAGUGGGAAGAGCUCCUGUGUUAACAUCCUGGAGAACUUUUACCCUCUGCAAGACGGGCAGGUGCUGCUGGACGGGCGUCCCAUUAACAUGUACGAUCACAAGUACCUGCACUCAGUGAUUUCCCUGGUGAGCCAAGAGCCAGUGCUGUUCGCCCGCUCUAUUGCGGAUAAUAUUUCUUAUGGCUUAACUUCAGCCUCCUUUGAGUCGGUUGUUCAGGCUGCCCAGAAGGCCAACGCGCAUGCCUUCAUCACCGAGUUACAAGAUGGCUACCACACAGAGGCAGGUGAAAAAGGAGCCCAACUAUCAGGUGGCCAGAAGCAGAGAGUGGCAAUUGCCAGGGCCUUGAUCCGAGCACCCCCCAUCCUUAUCCUGGAUGAAGCCACGAGCGCGCUAGAUGCAGAGAGUGAACACGCGAUUCAGCAGGCGAUUUAUGGCGACUUGCAGAACCACACGGUGCUGGUCAUAGCUCACAGACUGAGCACUGUCGAGAAGGCACACAACAUCAUUGUGCUGGACAAGGGCCGCGUGGUGCAGCAGGGUUCGCACAAGGAGCUGAUGGAAGAAGGAGGCCUUUAUUCCAAGCUGGUGCAGAGACAGAUCCUGGGGCUGGAGGGGGGCGGCGCGGACAGUCGCCAGCCCGCAGCCCGGGGGGAUUCAGCGAAGGUGCCCGGUGGGCUGGAGGAAGAGUUCAGGAUAGACCAUUCCCUACCGGCCGUGGCACAGGACGAUUACAACAACUCGGCUCACAAGUGA